GGCGGGCGGCGGAGCAGGGUGCUCGGCGCCGCUUCCUGCCUGCGGCCGGCGGCUCCCCCUGCCCGCGCGCGGCAGGCCGAGCGAGGCGGCAUGGUGCGGGAUGCGGCCGGCAUGGAGGACUUCCUCCGGAGCGUGGAGAGAGACCUGGGCAUCGACCGCCGGCAGCUGGGCGCCGCGGGCCAGGGCUCCCAUGUCAUCGCCCUGGUCCCCGCCAAGUGGCUGGCCAGCCUGAGGGAGCGGCGCGUGCUGCCGGGCCUGUGCCCCCGGCCCGAGGGGCUGAGCGAGGUGGAGGCGCGGGCCCUGCUGCAGCACUCCGUGCAGAAGCUGCCGGCCGGCUGGACCAGGGUGGAGAUCCACGGGCUGCGGAAGGAGAGGCUGGCCUACCCCCUGGCCCUGCCGCCGGGCGCCCCGGACGAGCGGCCCGAGACGCUGCACGGCUUCAUGCGGCACGUCGCCGCCCAGAACUACAGGAACCUGUGGCACCGGGCUCACCUCCGCCACGUGCCGCCGUACUGCCACGUGCACGCGCCGCCCGCCGCGCCGGCCCUGGACGCGCUCCGCGCCGCGCUGCAGAGGCUCUACGGCUGCCCCCUCCUGCAGGCGGGCAGGGGCGCCCAGGGCUCGUCUCCUGCCAAGGAGGGCGGUGCCGCCGCCAAGGAGCCGCCCGCCUGCCCCAACGUCCUGCGCGCAGAGGCCCUCCUGGAGUCCACGGACACGCUGUACGUCGUCCACCCCUACGUGCAGUUCUGCUUGCACGACAUCGUGACCUUCAGCCCCGCCAAGCUCGCCAACAGCCAUGCCAAGGUCCUCUUCCUCCUCUUCCACGUGCUGCAGGCCAUGAAGGCCUGUCACCAGGCGGGGCUGGCCUGCGGCCCCUUCUCCCUGCGCGAUGUGGCCGUGGAUGAGAAGCUGUGCGGCCGCCUGAGGGUCUGCCUUGGUGGGUACGAGGUGCCGCUGGAGACGGAGACGCUCUCGAGAGCUGGUGAAGAGCAGGGGGCUGAGAAGGGCAGGGCCGUGCCGCAUCCGGGGCGGGCGGCCAGGUGCGUGGCCUGCCAGCGGGAGCUCAGGGACCUGGUGCUGGACUGGGUGCACGGGCGCGUUAGCAAUUUCCACUACCUUAUGCAGCUGAACCGCCUGGCUGGGCGCCGGCUGGGGGACCCCAACUACCACCCCGUCCUGCCCUGGGUGGUGGACUUCACCAGCCGCAACGGCAAGUUCAGGGACCUCAGGAAGUCCAAGUUCCGCCUCAACAAGGGCGACAAGCAGCUGGACUUCACCUACGAGAUGACCAAACAGGCAUUCGUGGCGGGCGGGCUGAGCGGGGAGCAGCUCCACGUGCCCCACCACAUCUCUGACGUGCUCUCGGACAUCACCUACUAUGUGUACACUGCCCGCAGGACCCCCAAAGCCGUGCUGUGCUGCCACGUGCGGUCCCAGUGGGAGCCCAACGAGUACCCGGCCAGCAUGGAGCGCAUGCAGAGCUGGACCCCUGACGAGUGCAUCCCCGAGUUCUUCACAGACCCCACCAUCUUCAAGUCCAUCCAUCCCGACAUGCCUGACCUGGACGUGCCGGCCUGGUGCGGCUCCUGCGAGGAGUUUGUGGACGUGCACCGCGCGCUGCUGGAGAGUCGGGAGGUCUCCCAGGACCUCCACCACUGGAUCGACCUCACGUUCGGCUACAAGCUGCAGGGGAAGGAUGCCGUCAAGGAGAAGAACGUCUGCCUGCACCUGGUGGACAACCACACGCACCUGACCACCUACGGGGUGGUGCAGCUCUUCGACCAGCCGCACCCCCGGCGCAUGGUGGGACCUGUCUAUACGCCUGCCAUCGCACCGGUCAUUGCUCGGCCUCUCAUCCCGAACGUCGGAGAGGCGCUGGCCCCAGAGGAUGCCCAGGCAGCCGAGGGGCCUGAUGGGCUGGUCAUGGAGGCCGCCCCCAGUGAGGCCAGCUGGUCUGGAGACAAGGCUGUCAGCACUGAGGAUGACUUGGAGCAGGGCACCGAGGCUCUGGAUUCCAUUCCUACUGCGGGCAGAGCAGCUGACCAGUCCUGCCCCGGCACCCCUUCAGCUCACCCCCCCAGCCUCCCCGCCGCGGCUGCAGAGGCCAAAGCUCCCAGCACCCGGCCGACUCGAAGGAGCAAGCCCGGCGGCACGGACCAGACUGACAGGGACGAGAUGAAGAUUGUGCUUCCGGAAGGGUUCAAUCCUCUGCAGGCCCUGGAAGAGCUGGAGAAGCUGGACAACUUCUUGGUCAGAGGCCUGAACAGCGAGAUGGAGCUGAUGGAGCAGCCGGAGGUGGAGCUGCCCUUGGGCCUCUCGGACCUGUUCCAGAGAGACAUGCAGGCACUGGGGGUCCUGGUUGCUGAGCUGGUGUUUGCCCCAAGGAUUCGCACCUUGAAGCCAGAUGCGUCGCUGCUGGAGCGGUUCCUGAUGGUCCGCAACCUCUGCCAGUACUAUCCGAAGGAAGUCCCAGCGCCGCUCCAGCACAUGCUGGGUGUCUUGCUGCAGCUGAGCGUCCCUGUGGGGAGGCUGCUGAAGAGCCCGGUGGCCAGGAGCAGGGUCCAGCUGUUUGAAUACAAACCUGUGUCCCAAGGCCUCCCGCCGCCCUGCCCCUUGCAGCUUCUUAGCCCCUUCAGCUCAAUCAUUCCCUUCCCGCCCUACUUCCCUGCUCUGCACAAGUUCAUUUUCACCUACCAGUCCAAGAAGGUGGAGGAUGAGGGCCAGGGCCGUGAGCUUGUCUUCCAGCUGUGGCAGCAGCUGGAGGAGAUUCUCUGUGAAAUCACUCCCGAGGGCCUGGAGAUCUUGCUGCCCUUCAUCCUGUCCCUGAUGUCUGAGGAGAACGCGGCAGUCUACACCGCGUGGUAUCUCUUCGAGCCCAUUGCCAAAGCCUUGGGCCCAAAGAAUACAAAUAAGUAUCUGCUCAAGCCCUUGAUCGGUGCGUACGAGAACCCCUGCUACCUCCACGGCCGGUUCUACCUGUACACAGACUGCUUCGUGGCCCAGCUAAUCGUGCGCUUGGGGCUGCAGUCCUUCCUCUCCAACUUGCUGCCCCACAUCCUGCAGAUUCUUGUGGGCAUUGAGAGCUCCCAGGAGGAAAGCAAGGCCCUGCUGGGAGCCGCAGAGGAUGAAGAGAGUGGAGGGGGCAGCCCGGUGUCUUGUGCUUUUGGGGAGGAGAUCAAAAUGGACGUAGAGCAUGGCUCUGUGACACUCGACCUCCUGGAUUACACGUCCGGUGUCAGCUUCCACGACCAGGCCUACCUGCCCGAGGGCGAGGACUUCCAGAGUGGCCUCUAUGUGGGCGAGUCGCUGCAGCCCCAGGAGCAGGAGCUGCUCAGCCUCGGGCGGCUGAGCGACAAGAGCAGCGCCAGCGAGGUGUCGCUGGGAGAGGACCGGCCUGCUGACGGGGACUCCCAGAAGGAUAAGAGCAGCCUGAAGUCCAUGGACAGCAGCCAGGACCUGAAGCAGAGCGAAGACUCGGAGGACGAGGAGGAGGACGAGGAGCAGCAGCAGGAGGAAGAAGAGCAGGAUGAUGCCACGGUGGUUGCUGAGCUGAGCCUGCCCGAAGACACUGGCAGCUCUGUGGAAGCUGCCCUAGCUGAUGACCACAGUGAGCCAGGGGAAGAGCCGGAGCCGGAGCCAGAGCAGGAGCUGCAGGAUCAUUUGGAAGACAAAGAGCAGACGAUCCUCCUGGACACGGCCUGUAAGAUGGUGCGGUGGCUCUCGGCCAAGCUGGGCCCUACGGUGACAUCGCGGUACGUUGCCCGGAACCUGCUCCGCCUGCUCACGUCCUGCUAUAUGGGUCCGUCCAGACAGCAGUUUGCACUGAACACUGAUGAAAACGGUCCCCUGAACGGAGGGAACAUCUACCAGAAGCGGCCAGUGCUGGGGGACCAGGUGUCCAAGCCGGUCCUGGCCUGCCUCAUGUGUGUGGCACACCUGUAUGGAGAGCCCGUCCUCACCUACCAGUACCUGCCCUACAUCAGUUACCUGGUUGCCCCCAGCAGCGGGUCCGGCGCUAGCCGACUGAACAGCCGGAAGGAGGCUGGGCUCCUGGCAGCCAUGACCCUGACCCAGAAGAUCAUUGUGUGCCUUUCGGACACCACCCUGAUGGACAUCCUCCCUAAGAUCAGCCAGGAGGUGCUGCUGCCCGUGCUGGGCUUCCUUACCUCCCCUGCCAUUGGGUUCCCCAGCGGGGCUCAGGCCCGCGUUGUCCUGUGCGUCAAGACCAUCAGCCUCAUUGCCCUGAUCUGCCUACGGAUUGGGCAGGAGAUGGUGCAGCAGCACCUCAGUGACACGGUAGGAACCUUCUUUGGGGCCUUCUCGCUGCUUCAGGAGCUUCCAGAUCAGGGCCUGAUGCUGGAGUCACCGAGCCGCGGUGAGAACCCCAGCCUGGAGACAUCCCCCUCCGAUGGGAGGCUGCUGCCACUGGACCCGGCUGUGCUGGCAGAGCUGCAGACGGUCUUCAACCCCGAGAUGGCCUACACCACAUACAUCCCCUUCUCCUGCCUGCUUGGGGAUGUCAUCCAGACGAUUGUUCCCAACCACGUGCUGAUCGAGCGGCUGGCUGGCCUCUACCUGGAAAGCAUGAACCCGAAGAGCCUGCACCUGGCCAGCCAGGAGCCAACAGUGAACACAGUCUGUGCAGAUGCAGAUACCCGAGGCCUUGACCCCUUCUCUGGCCACCCAGAGGACAGUUGCUCAGGCACCUUUGGGAGCGUGCUGGUGGGGAACCGCAUCCAGGUCCCCGUGGAGCCACAGCACGAUGGUGCUGGCUCACUGGGCUUUUGCACCCGGGUGGGCGGCUUCGCUCCCAGCUUGGCCAGCGAGGAGAACACCCUGAAGCAGGACCUGCCACGCGGCGCCCACAUGCUGUGUGGGAACUGGCUGGCCUACUGGCAGUACGAGAUCGGAGUAAGUCAGCACGACUCCCGCUUCCACUUCCACCAGAUCAAGCUGCAGAGCUUCUCGGGCCAUCUGGGGGCCAUCAAGUGCGUGGCCCCGUUGGGCACUGAGGACUUCUUCCUGAGUGGCAGCAAGGACAAGACAGUCCGCCUGUGGCCCCUCUACAACUGUGGGGAUGGCACUAGUGAGGUUGAGCCGCGGCUCACAUAUACGCAGCACAAAAAGUCGGUCUUCUAUGUGGGCCAGCUGGAGGCCGCGCAGCAGGUGGUGAGCUGUGAUGGCACCGUCCACGUCUGGGACCAGUUCACGGGCAAGCUCGUCCGGACCUUCGAUGCACUGGACAGCAAGGUCCCCAUCACAGCCAUGACUGCUAUGCCGCCCCCGCACAGCAGCAUCUCCGUGGCCAGCGCAGACUCUGUGCUGCGCUUCGUCGACCACAGGAAGCCAGGGAUACAGCAUGAGUUCCGCCUGGCCAGCGGGGCGAGCGCCGGGCUCAUCCGCUGCCUGGCCGUCAGCCCCAGUGGCCGCAGCGUUGUGGCUGGCUUCUCCUCCGGGUUCAUCGUGUUGCUGGACACCAGGACGGGGCUCAUCCUGCGGGGGUGGCCUGCCCACGAGGGAGACAUCCUGCAGAUAAAGGCUGCGGAGGGCAACAUGCUCAUCAGCUCCUCCUCCGACCACUCCCUGAUCGUCUGGAAGGAGCUGGAGCAGAAGCCCCUGCACCAGUACAAGUCGGCCUCCGACCCCGUGCACGCGUUCGACCUCUACGGCAGCGAGGUGGUGACCGGCACCGUGGCCAACAAGAUUGGCGUUUACUCCAUGUUGGAGCCCUUGGCCCUGCCAGUCAGCACCACCAAGCUGAGCUCCGAGAACUUCCGCGGCACCCUCACCAGCCUGGCCGUGCUGCCCACCAAAUGCCACCUGCUCCUGGGCUCCGACAACGGCGUGAUACGUCUCCUGGCAUAGCGACCGCCCUGGGCUGCCUGCCCGGCGCCCUGGCAGGAGCCUGCGCCCAGUCCUGCUAGCUCCAGCAGUAGAAGUGAAGGGGCAGUGUCUGCUCCUGGGGGCUGGGCGAGAAGCCGUGCUUACGAGAUGCAGGGAAAGGCUCUUGUUCAUGAGUGCUCGGCAGAUUGCUCCCAACCCCUGCCUGCAUCCAGAAAAGCCAUAAUGGAGAAACCUCCGCUACUGCUGGGAGAACUGCUGGGCACUAGGUCACUGCCCCUGUAGAGGCCUGGAGCCUUCCACACCGCAUGUGCCUGACUCCCUGGGGGACUGAGCUGCUCUCUAAACCAAGUGGACCUGGGCUCUCUCUCUCCUCCCUCCAGGAGGGGGGUGAGAGGCAGCCCUUGGUAAGAGAAGUGCACACUCCAGCUCAGGGUCCCUGGACACCUGCCCAGGGAUGGUGUGAGCUGGGCCUGGGAACCACCACCACCUCCCUCUGGGGUGUGCAGGGCAGCAAAAUGCAAGCCCAGUGCCUGGAAGGCUGAGGGCUCAGAGGCACAGCUGGGUGCUCGAUUUGCUUUAUACUCUGCUGCAGUUCUGUUCACUUCCCCCUACCCUGGGACCCUUCCUGACACCCACUGAGGCUUCACACUGACUAGGAAGAGGAGGGUAUUGGAGCCAGCUGUUCACCCGAGUCUCAAACCCCACACGCUGCCCGGCUCUGUCUGGAAAUGCACCUGCGGAGGGGGCUGGCCUGGGAAGUGGGGCAGUCCCCUCUGUCAAGGGAAGCCAGAAGGGAGACCUGCGUGUAGGGAUUCAGGCCCGGGGUCUAGGCAUUGCCUCCUGGGGUAGCAGGUGUCCACACCUUGCUGCUGCUGGCUCCUUUCACGCACUGUUGGGAUCUGGGUGCCCGAUGGGUGUUUGCUGUGAAACACAGUGGUGCAGGCAGCUUCUGCUGAGGGAGGGUGGAGUGUAAUCACUGGCCUGGGAGUCCAAGUACCCCUGCUUGUCAGGUCUCCCUCCCUGUCCUGACAGGGCUAGGGCCAGGGUGGUCUGGCCCCAGCCUGCCCUGUGCCUCUGCUACCCUCCCCAGAGCUCUGUCUCCUGCCCCCAUUUCUCUGGGACAGGGGCUGGAGCAGGCCCUCCAGGCAGCAGUGCCUAUGAAGGUAAAUGCCCAAGGAAGGGGUAGAAAACCCCCUCGGGCCACGGGCAAGGGUAGCUGCCUGCCUAGCCCCCACAGCUUGGUUCAGCUGCAGCCCUUUGAGCUGGGCAAGCCCUUGCUGAGGGGCUGGAUGUGGGGCUGAAAGGCCUGUGUCCCUGGUAGGGGGUAACUAGCAGCAGCUGGGUACCUGCAGCUGCUGUGGGGGCAUGUGGGUGCUGCCUGCUGUUGGGAAGCCCCAAACCCUCGCUGUCCUGUGCUUGCAGGGAAGGGGAGGUAGCGCUGGGUCCCUUGCUGUCCUUCCACUCUGGAGGGAGCUCUCAGUCCCUUGUUGUCUAUUAACCAUUUGCAAUAGAUGUACAUAUUUAUUCUAAUAAACCCUUUGAAAGAGA